GCAAGACAGUAAGAGGCGCACGACAUUGAUUUGGCCGUCAUUGAUGCCAGUCAUUUUACACAAACUGCAGCAAGCAGCAUUUGUAUCUAUUUAUUCAAAAAUCUCAGCCUUCCCUGGAAGUUUACCAAGAUCGGCAACAAUAUACCAACAUGAAAGGAGUCUUACACCUGCUGUCCUGCGGCCGAGUCCUGGGUGUGUUCCUCUUCCUCUCAGUGUGCAUUAGCGUCGACGGAAAUGAAAGAGCAGAAAUGGGAAGCGCCACCACCAGGGCCGAUGAGUCGGCCUCCCAGACAGAUCUCAGCAGUGUGUCGGAGGCCACCAGCCUGAUGGACUCAACAACUGACCCCCAAGUCCCCAGUAGUCAGCACACCUCACCUUCCGCUGGUCCAGUGACCACCAAAAUACCUACUACUACCAGGACCACUCCGAAAACCACCAUCACCACCACCACCACUACCACCGCGGCAUCAGUAUUUACCGACAAAACAUGUGUCCCAGCAUUAAUGGUGUCUGGCGGUCUGAUCUUAGUCUGCUUUAUUUUCCUGAUGUCCACGUUGCUGCUGGCCUGGAGGGUGUGUCAUCUGAACAGACGGAUCAAGGCGCUGAGCAGCAACGACAAUAUGGUCAGCAACUGCGAGUACUACGUGGGAACUGCCAAGAAGGACAAAAGCAAGACGGAGACGGAGGCCGAGGAAACCACCCUGUUGAUGGCUGACCUACAGCAAACAGAGGGGGAGAAGAGGAAUGGGGCCGCCAAGGAAGACGGGGAGAAGGUAAACCAGGAUGGACAAAAGGAAGAAGAAAAGAAGGCGGGGGACGCCGCCCCCAGUGACGAGGCUUCAGCGGCCGAUGAAACCCCAACUGAAAACUCAACCUCCUCAAAGCCACAGGAGCAGGCGGCUGGCACAAAGUCAGCCUCUGCUGCUGCUGCUGCAUCCCCCUCUGAAGGCAAAGAAGAAGCCAAGGAUGGACCGUAGAGUUUUGCUAAAACCAAGAAGUUUUCAGAGUAGAUUCCUUCACCUUGCCUGAGCCUUGAAACUUCUUAAAUGUGAUGAAAUGUUCAGAAUUUUCCCUGAUAAAAAGAUCUAACAUGGAAUUUUUUCUUUACAGUUCUAUCCCAAAAAAAUGAUGAGAAUAAGUUUUUAUCAAACUUAAGUUUUGAAAUGUGUCAUUUGUGCUUGUAAAGUUCCCUCAAAUCCAAUUUGCUUUCGUGUGACAACUUUGUACCAGUUAGUUUUUGACUUUUUUUUUUAUGGUUUUAUAUCCUCGUGUGCUUCGAUGAUUCUUCUUGUUUGUAAAAUAUUGUUGUAACAUCCUGUAGCAUCGAGUCUGUCCUCAGUGGAAUAGGAAAGAAAGGAGCAGGAGACGCCAACGCUGACAGAUGGGUGAGUCCAGACACUGAUGGCUCCGGGACGUUAUCAGCGGCUUGUUUCCACGUUUCCAUCAAAGUGUCUGAAGACCUGAAUUUGUGAGCAAUGCAAGCACCUUGCUGUUAUAAGCCACACUGUAAAGCACUUAACGUCUGCUAAUAGGGGCAAAUUGUACUAUUUAAGUGCAGCCUUGACCGUAACUGACUUCCAAUUAAACUGUUGAAACUAUAAAAGCCGUACUGCAGACGGCCUAGGCACUACAGUGAGGUGCAGAUCGAUACCAAAAUAUUUGAAUUCUGAUCAAUUCUCAUGCUAAAUUAUUGAUAUUUACAGUGAAGUCACUGUUUUUUUUAGACAGAUAUGCUUUUUCCAUCAAAGCCUUACUCUGGUCAACUGAACUGCUUUUCCUCCUGUGUGUGAUCCGUGAUGAUAACACGGCUGUAUUAAUGCUUCACACAUGCUGCGGCUCAAGGUCCGCAUGUCAGAGGCUGUGAUGUGUUGAUGAUAGUGUUGUUUGGAGCUGAGUUAAAGUAUGUGUAUUUUUAAUAGCUUUAUUUUUAAAGAAUUAAAAAAAAAAAAAAAAUCUCUUACCACAUAACCUUCAGUUACCUUUGUGCAUCAAAAACAAUGUUGUAUUCAUCAGU